AGCGAGCGUCGACUCCACCUGGCGUGACUGGCGACUUCGUAAACGUAAACUGCAAACAUGGAGGAGAUGAGUGUUACAAUUUCGGAAAGGGAGGAUAACAGUCAGGACUUCAAACCAACACCCCUGACCACCUUGACCUCUUACGAUGGCUUAGACAACGAGGACCUCUACACAAAGUACAAGAAACUGCAAAUGCAGCUUGAGUUCCUGGCCGUGCAGGAGGAAUACAUCAAGGACGAGCAGAGGAAUUUGAAGAACGAGUACUUGCACGCCCAGGAGGAGGUGAAGCGAAUCCAGAGUGUCCCUCUGGUUAUUGGACAGUUCUUGGAGGCCGUUGACCAGAACACGGGCAUCGUCGGCAGCACAACUGGCUCAAAUUACUAUGUGCGGAUAUUGUCCACCAUCGACAGGGAACUUCUGAAGCCUUCGGCCAGCGUUGCCCUCCACAAGCACAGCAAUGCCCUUGUUGACGUUCUUCCCCCUGAAGCCGAUUCCUCCAUUUCCAUGUUGGGAGCAGACGAGAAGCCCGACCUUACUUAUGCAGACAUCGGUGGAAUGGACAUGCAGAAGCAGGAAAUCCGAGAGGCGGUCGAACUGCCCCUGACCCACUUUGAACUGUACAAGCAGAUUGGCAUCGACCCUCCCCGAGGUGUCCUCAUGUACGGCCCUCCCGGCUGCGGCAAAACCAUGUUGGCCAAGGCUGUUGCCCACCACACUACUGCUGCCUUCAUUCGAGUGGUCGGCUCGGAGUUUGUGCAAAAGUACUUGGGUGAAGGACCUCGAAUGGUGCGAGACGUCUUCAGAUUAGCAAAGGAAAACUCCCCAGCCAUCAUUUUCAUUGAUGAAAUUGACGCCAUCGCCACAAAGAGAUUCGACGCCCAGACUGGUGCCGACAGGGAGGUGCAGCGAAUUCUUCUUGAGCUGCUCAACCAGAUGGACGGCUUCGACCAAACCACCAACGUCAAGGUCAUCAUGGCCACCAACCGUGCUGACACCCUUGACCCUGCCCUUCUCCGUCCAGGCCGUCUGGACAGGAAAAUUGAAUUCCCAUUGCCGGACAGACGGCAGAAGAGACUCAUCUUCACCACCAUCACAGGCAAGAUGAACUUGAGUGAUGAGGUCGACCUUGAGGACUACGUUGCCCGGCCGGACCACAUUUCCGGAGCCGACAUCAAUGCAAUUUGUCAAGAGGCUGGAAUGCAUGCAGUGAGAGAAAACCGAUACAUUGUCUUGCCCAAGGACUUUGAAAAGGGCUACAAGAACAACAUCAAGAAGGAUGAGUCUGAACAUGAGUUCUACAAGUAAAUGCUUAAGAAUUAUUUGCGUAUUUGUCUUCAUAAAUAAAUUAAAUAACUGAAAAUGUUUAUUUA